AUGGCAAGCAUCAAUCCCCUCAAUGUGUAUACAGGCACCGACUCGUUGAAGAAAUACUUCAAUCCUGAAUCAGCGCCACCGCUGCCACUGGUCGAGCUUCCUCCACACCUCAAUCCAUACUACGACCAUGGCGUCCGAAUUUACGCCAAGAUGAUGUCGUGUCAUCCUGCGAACAACGUCAAGUCAAUGCCGGCAAUGAACUUGCUCCAGAAGGAGGUGCACCCAGACAAGACCAAGACGAUUGUCGAGUACAGCAGUGGUAGCACCGUAAUCUCAAUGUCCAUGGUUGCCAGGGUAUUCCAUGGCAUCACAGACAGCCACGCAUACCUCAGCAACAAGACCACCGAAGCAAAGCUACGUCUCAUGCAAUUCUUCGGAUUGAAAUUGACCCUGUUCGGCGGGCCCUCUCAGCCAGACCCUCGGGACGAACGUGGCGGCAUUCAAAAUGCGCGAUUGCAAGCCGAGCGGUCGGAGUCGACAAUCAACCCGAAUCAGUACGAGAACGAUGCCAACUGGCAGUCGCACGUGAAGUGGACUGGACCACAAAUCCUACAACAGUUGCCGCACAUCAGUAUCAUCUGUGCUGGAAUGGGUACGUCUGGGACAAUGACGGGAUUAGGCACAUUCUUCAAACGGAGUAAACCAAGCGUCUUCCGUCUUGGUGUAUGCACAGCAGCCGGUGAUCGUGUGCCUGGUCCGAGAUCAUAUGCUCUAUUGGCGCCCGUCGAAUUCCCUUGGAAGCAAGCAGUUGACCAUGUAGAGCAUGUGGGCUCCUUCGACUCUUUCUCAUUAUCCCUGCAGCUCUGCCGAAACGGACUGGUGUGCGGGCCUUCCUCUGGCUUCAACUUGCAAGGUCUCUUCAAUCUUCUAGAGAAGCGCAAGCAAGAGAGCACACUCACACGACUUCGGAGCGACGAUGGUCUAGUCCAUGCGGUGUUCCUCUGCUGUGACCUGCCUUACCAAUACCUCGGAGAAUACUUCGAUAAGCUUGGACAGGAAGCAUUCCCGCCGAUCACCAACGAGUACCUCACCAAGGUCGACAAGUACCGGUACGAUGAAGCAUGGGAGCUUUCGCCGUCUACCGCUCUGCCAUUACGAGACGAACUUGUUCUUGAUCUUCGCCGGCUAGCAGAUUUCCGAGAAUUUCAUUUCCCCUCCUCGCUUCAUGUCCCGUUGGACACUCUCGACAGCUCAAGCCCAAGCCCUUUUUACGCACCGGAGACUUUAUCCAGGCAGUGGACAGAGCUUGAAUCUCUAUUCAGCCAAUCGUUCUUGCAGUCCCAAUUUGCAGGUCGAAAGCUGCUUUGUCUUUGCUAUGACGGCGACACAUCCCGGGUUGCAACGAGCAUAUUGAGAGCCAAAGGCUUUGAGGCUGCUAGUGUGAAAGGUGGUUUUCGCGCCCUGAUCGAGACACAUCCAUCGCUCAGUGGCCUUCAGGUUGUGGCAGAGAGAAAGAACAAUUCGGUUGUUCUGACCAUAACCGAGAAGAGAGCCGGUUCGCCUGCAUUUACCACAACGGACAAGAGGGCCGAUUCUCUGAUGGACGAGUGGAGCGACAGAGCCCUGACUGAUAGUGAUGACAGCGACAAGAAGAGCGAAGGAUCUCUCGAGAGCGAUUCAGAAUGAUUAUCUUUCCAGCGCGACCACGGACCUUUGCUCCUGGUCGCCGAAAGUUUGGUUUUCCCAUGCAUGGCAGCUUCUGAUACCCAGUUUUGAAUGUAACAUUCGUGGUCCAUCACAUCAAUACUCUUUCAAAUGCCAUUCUCAGGCCUCGUUCGACGAGCCACGAUUCG